AUGUCCACGACCGCGCAGCCUGAGCAAGCUGCUGCUGCAAGCGAGGCACGCCCAGACGGUCAUCCUCAGCAGAACCAAGAACCAGCCAACGGUGCUUCGAGGAAACCUCGUCCAAAACGACCCAAUUACAAUGAGAUACAUACGAAGCCUCUGCCACUAGACGUCUAUGCAUUGCCUGCCUUCGUCCCGCAUAACCCGAUUUCCGUACUGCGACUAGUCAUCAGUCUGAUAUCACAGUCGUUGUGGCCGCCGGCAUCACAUCGCGUCGUACAUAAAGCAUACUAUUCUGUAGAGACCUUGUCAAUCCACGUCACCGACCCAGCCUCUAUUCGAGCUCUCUGGGAGCAGGGCUUCUGGGGUAAGGGGUCCCUUAGCCGAAGUGAACCGCAAUGGCUAGUCGCUGAAAAGCGAAGACGAGGUGCACAGGCGUCCAAGACAAGCACCGAAGUCACACAAUCAAGGCGAGAAGAGCGGAGGCAGUUCAAGUUAGAGAGAGCCAAGGCACAACGCGAGGCUAUUGAGCAACAACUACGACAAGAAGGCAAGGUUGUAUCAGAUGCCAACAUCGAUAAGCUUGUAGGUAGCGAUACCAAGGAUACCAGCAAGCUAGGAGAGGCUGCGGGAACCUUCGCGAUCAGUGAAAAUACAGACGGGACCGUUGCACAGGCCGACACUAAAGCUGGCCUGGAACUUGAUAUUCCUGAUCUUGAGCAUCUCCAGCUCACGCCUGAGGAAGCCUUCUUCCUUACAUAUGUCAUUGGUGCUCUAGAAGUCAUCAAUGUGGAUACCCAGAUGGCGUCGGACCAUUCGCAACGCUACCCAACAUGGUACCUCUUGCGCGUGUACUGCGCGCAUGCAUUAAGUUCCAGCGAAUCCAUUGAUCUCGAACGAACAUUAACUCAUCUUCGUACCGCAUACAACAUGAGCAAUGGCGCCACGCGAGUGGACCCCGCCAUGUCGUGUAUUCCAUCUAUUGCGCCCGACAACCCUUUCUUGAUGAAGUACGUUGUCUUCCACCACUUCCGUUCCCUAGGAUGGGUAGUGCGGCCAGGUGUCAAGUUCGCUGUCGACUACUUACUUUACAUCCGUGGGCCUGCAUUCACACAUGCCGAGUUUGCAAUCAUGAUUGUUCCUUCUUACUCAGCUCCCUACUGGAAUGAGCAAGCAGACGGCCAAACUCAAGCCAGAGCUGCGGAGAAGGAGCGCAGGGAUUGGUGGUGGUUCCAUCGGGUGAACCGAGUGCAAACUCAGGUCAUGAAGACACUGAUGUUGGUCUACGUUGAAGUGCCAGAACCGUGGGAUACAGGAUGUGCAGAGCUAGAUGGAUUCAAGCUCGACAUUGGUAGCGUUCUGAAGAAAUACACAGUUCGAGAAUUUGUGUUCAAGAGAUGGAGUCCGAGCAGAAACAGAGAUUAA